UGCAGUCUCCAUCCACACGGUUCAGUCGCUAGACCCCAACCCAUUCUAUCGUCCCUUUCACUUCCAUCUUCCAGGCAUCGCAGUAGCAGUGAGUGAGAGCUAUUCUGCGCCUUCUGCUUCAUGGCGACUCAAGGUCAAGUUAUCACCUGCAAAGCUGCCGUCGCGUGGGAGGCGAACAAGCCGCUGGUUAUCGAGGAUGUGCAGGUUGCACCGCCGCAGGCUGGGGAGGUUAGGAUCAAGAUCCUCUUCGCCGCUCUUUGCCACACCGACGCUUAUACCUGGAGCGGAAAGGAUCCUGAGGGUCUCUUUCCUUGUAUUCUUGGACAUGAAGCUGCUGGAAUUGUUGAAAGUAUUGGUGAGGGAGUGACUGAAGUCCAACCAGGAGACCAUGUUAUACCUUGCUACCAAGCAGAAUGCAGGGAAUGUAAGUUUUGUAAAUCUGGAAAAACAAACCUUUGUGGCAAGGUUAGGGCUGCAACUGGUGUUGGUGUCAUGUUGAAUGACUUUAAGAGCAGGUUCUCUAUAAAUGGGAAGCCCAUCUAUCAUUUUAUGGGAACAUCAACAUUCAGUCAAUAUACAGUUGUGCAUGAUGUUAGUGUUGCAAAAAUUGAUCCCCUUGCCCCUUUGGAGAAGGUUUGUCUUCUUGGAUGCGGUGUUCCUACAGGUCUUGGAGCAGUUUGGAAUACUGCCAAGGUUGAAGCAGGUUCCACCGUUGCAAUUUUUGGACUGGGGACUGUUGGGCUUGCAGUUGCAGAGGGGGCUAAAAAAGCAGGAGCAUCCAGAAUCAUUGGCAUAGAUAUUGAUAAAAAAAAGUAUGAUAUAGGAAAAAAUUUUGGAAUUACCGAGUUAGUGAACCCAAAGGACCAUGACAAACCAAUACAGCAGGUUAUCAUUGACCUCACUGACGGUGGUGUGGAUUACAGUUUUGAAUGUAUUGGAAAUGUCCAACUGAUGAGGGCCGCCUUGGAAUGCUGUCAUAAGGGCUGGGGGACAUCAGUUAUUGUGGGUGUUGCUGCUUCCGGGCAGGAGAUAUCAACACGACCUUUUCAACUCGUUACAGGGCGUGUAUGGAAGGGAACUGCCUUCGGAGGCUUCAAGAGCCGCUCUCAAGUUCCCUGGCUUGUUGACCAGUACAUGCACAAGGAAAUAAAGGUCGACGAAUACGUCACUCACCAACUCACACUGGAUGAGAUCAACAAGGCCUUCGACCUGAUGCACGAGGGAGGAUGUCUGCGCUGCGUGCUCGAUCUUCAUCCUUAAAAAAAAAAGGCUGGUUCUUCUCUUUUAUCCUUACUAUCUAUGUCUAGUACAUCUGAAAUCCUUAAUGGAGUGUGGUUUUCCAGUCUUUUUGGCAGUCACCAACAUCAGCUAUGCUGCAGGGAUUAAUGAGAUGUUUGUGUUUUUGUUUGAUGUUUUGAAUUGUGCUUGAAUAUGUCAAAUCUGGUUCUAUAUUUUGUUUAAUAUUUUUGGAUUUUUUGCAAAUAUGUUA